AGCGGGGCAAAGUCUAAAACCCAUUAAACUCUUAUUAAUAUAAUUGUCCUGUCCGAAAUCAAUCAUCACAAUUGACUCUGGCCUGGAGACGGGGCACAAAUAGUGGCUUCGAUUUUGCACUAAAAAAGCGGUAAAUAUAAUGGGAUUAAAGAAACUCGCUAAUUAUAAAUAGCAUACUGUGUAAUUUUACGGGGGGGGAGACAUGUUGCCACCAGCAAGGAGACACAAAGUUGAAAUCCGGUGGAUCACAGUGAUUUAUCUUCAGGGUUGAGCUAGGCGGAGCGAAGCAUCCCCCCCGAUAGACAGAAGCAGGCAGUCCGGGGCGGAGAAAAGUUACAGCUUGGUGGAGUUGUUUCUCGUGCUGCUACGGCUCGCUACACAUUACCGGUGUCACAAACUAAUUGUUUAGAACACAGUGACAAAAGCUAAGUAGUCGCUUGACUCUAGCUAACAAGAACGGCACCCGGGAAUAGUUGAAAAGGAAACAAAUACUUCUUCGACAAGAAGGAAAUAAACAAGUGGGUGUAAAAAGGAGGACUACAAAUCCCCACCUGGGGAGCCACUGGAGCCUCAGGGUGCUGGAAUGGAGCAACUCAUAGAGUCGCUGGAAAGGAAGCUACAGAGACCCAUACUGGCUAAGUCGCGUACCCUCCCCAGCAUCCCCCAGUCUCCAACGGUCUCCAGGGUCCACCACUCUGAUCUCAUUGGCGGGAGUCCUCCGCGCAUGAAGAAUCCUCCAGUUGCCACCAGCCACUCAAAGGCCUGCACUUUGCCACCUGCAGGGGAGCUUUGGCGUUUGGAGGAUGACAUGGAAGGUGACAAUGAGACUAGCGGCUGCACCGAGGCCCGUCCACGCUCCCAGUCGCCGUUCUCCCAUUUCCGGGCGCGGGCUGCUUACCUGCGCAAGAGCAUGUCAGCCGAUGAGCACCUAGACAUGGGCUCCGACUUCGGCGCAGUGACUGCGGUCGAGGGCAAACAGAACCGUGGGAAGGGAAAGCUAAAGAGGAAGUUUAGUCUGGGCUCAGCUGACCGAAAGGAGAAUCAGAAUAAGAAGUCAGAGUCGGGAAUCUCCAAAUUUACUCAUCGUCUAUCCCUCAAAGAGCGACCAGCGAAGGCAGAGAAGACUUCAUCAGAAAGGCCUCCAUCCUACAGGAGACGAUCUCUUAGUGUCGACUGGGCUGACUCGGCCAAAAUGACGCAGCCCAUGAGAGGGGACCAGGCCCACCAGCCAGUCUCGGCUCGCAAGUCUGCCAGCUUGUCCUCACCGAGCGCUGCUCGCCGCCUUUACCGCAAUUUGUCUGGAAAGUUCCGCGUGGGCACCAACCCCCCUGCUCUGGAGGACAGUGUGGUGUCAGGACGGGGAGGAGACAAGGAGAGGCUCCGCAAAACCACCAUAUUUCAGAGUAAUGAAGCUCUUUUUGAGGCAGUGGAACAUCAAGAGUUGGACCUGGUACAGCUCCUUCUCUCACAGUACAGUCUGGAGGAGCUGGAUCUCAACACUCCUAACAGCGAGGGGCUCCUGCCCCUUGAUAUCGCCAUCAUGACCAAUAAUGUGCCCAUGGCUAAGCUUCUGCUGCGAGCCGGUGCCAAGGAGAGCCCCCACUUUGUGAGUCUGGAGGGCCGAGCGGUUCAUUUGGCCACUCUGGUGCAGGAGGCCGAGCAGCGAGUGUUGGAGCUACAGCCCCAGGUGCGGAAUGAGGGUCCCGGUGAGCGGGAGGGAUCUGACCGUGAGCGCCAGCUAAAAGCUUGGGAGUGGAGGCUCCGGCUCUUCCGACGCAUGCAGACAGGCUUUGAGCAUGCCAGUCCUCCAGAUGCUCCCAGUGUAGUUUCCCUGUCUGUCAGCAGCAGCACCAGUCUAAAAGUUGACUUCCAGGAACCUCUUUGUGUCAACUCUGCUGUGGUUACCAAAUACAAAGUGAGCUGGAGCGGUAAUCCUUCGUUUAGUCCUCUGCUGGGUGAGAUGAUAGUGGAUGAUGCCACUCAACUCGAGUGCAACAUUACUGGACUAACAUCUGGGACCUAUUACUACGUGCAGGUGUCAGCGUACAACAUGAAGGGCUGGGGACCUUGGAAAAUUUCCACACCGGCCUGUGCUGCACCUUCCAGUUGGAGGGACAUUGAUGGCCGCGCUCCUCGUCAGAGAGGACAGAAGGAGUCACUGGACCAGCUACUUGGGCAGAUAAAAGAAGCUCACCGCCAUUGUGUCUGCCAUGAGCAAUGCAAAGCUCCACCACAAAGCAGGAAGCACUCAGUGUCCAAGAGCCUGCGGCACCUUUUCCAGCCCACCAACAAAUUUGUCAAAAGUUUGAAAAGAGGUCUCUAUCUGGCGUCCAUAUUCUACAGAGAUGACAACGUGUUGGUGACUCCAGAGGAGCAGAUUCCUAUUGUGGAGAUUGAAGAUUCGUAUUCAAGCUCACUGAUGCAGGACUUUCUAUGGUUUACUAAGGUGUCCUAUCUAUGGGAGGAAAUUUCGUGGCUGCAGCAGUGCCUCGGUCCUUCCCAGACGUCGUGCUCAUGCACUCUGCAGACUCGCCUCAAGAUGCUGCAGGCCGUCUCCCAUCUACAGGGAGCACUGGGAACCCAGGAUCUUGGUCAGGUAUAUUUUGAGCCGAUCAAAGACAAGCAUGGUAACGCCCUGUUGGUGCUGCUGAAGGACAUGAAUGCGUCUCCCAACCUUGACGGGGUACGCUGGACGCAGCUUUGUAAACUGCAGCUCCAACGAAAAUCUAUAUCAUCCCCCGAAGAGCCCACUGCGCUGGACAUGCUCCUCAUCACACUUCAUGAGAAGCUGGCGUACCACAGGCGUAGCAGGAAGCUUUUGUCUCCAGGCUUAUAUCUGGGCUACCUGAAGUUGUGUACAUCGGUGGAGCAGAUAAGAGCACUGGUGCCCCAGAAACUCCCCAACGUGCUCUGUCAUACCAAAAUUCGAGACAACAGCAAUGUGUCCAGAGAGGAGUGGCAGUGGCUUCAGGCCCUCAGCUCUCUGGAGGAGUCACUGGAAAUGGACCAUGAUGUACAGAGUGCUCCCCAUCGCCUCCUACAGGACCUGCGUAAUGCCAUCAAGGACCUGAUAGCUCACAUCAACAUUCCUGGCAAUCAGGCACAGGACUUCCGUAUCUACAGCCAGGAAGUGUUGGAGUUUGGGGAGAAAGUGUGUUUCCUCCUCCUCCUGCCACCUUCAGAUGAAGUCUGCACGGCUCCCGGUCAGAAUAAUCCAUACUCCCCGCGCUCCGGCUUCCUCACACUGCCGCUGCAGAUCUUUGAAUUGGUGCACUUUAAUGCCUAUUGCCCCAGUUUCAUCGGCCAGUACUGCAGGGUGUCUGCCUUGCUGGAGCUGGAGUCCCUCAUGUCUCAGCAGGCACUACGGGAGGCCUUCUCUGAAGCUGAGCUCCUCGUUGCCAAGAAGAAACACCAACAAGUUCAGGAACACAUGCAGCAAAUGGAGGAGGUGUGGCGGGAUGUGAGAUGGAUUAUGGAUGCCUUGCAAUACGCCCGCUACAAGCAGCCGACAGGAGGCAUCUCUGUAAGCUGGAUAAUUGACUUCUCUAAAGAGGUGAUGCCUGACAAGCCUCCCUCUACCUCAUCUCAGCCAGACUUCAUGCCCUCUCCUAUGCCUUCACCCGAACGAUGCCGUAAGCACUCAGAUUUUGCUGGACUCUCAGAUGAGGAAGGCUCCUCUGAAGUUUUCCUCACUACCGACAGUGACUAUGACUCCAGUCGUGCCCAGAGCCCCCGAGAGCUGGACCUGUUGCCCCCUUCACCUCUCUCGUCCUCUGCGCCCCUGGAGCCCCGUGGUUUCCUGCGCAUCGACGGGGGCGGCUCAGGAGGAGGAAUGCAUCUCAGCGGGGGUGGACGUGGAGGGGGAGCUCUGCGGGAUUCCACACCAGACGUCCUCCAAGCAUCAGAGCCGCAGCACGGGAGGGAAGGAGAGAGGUGUGGAGGAGGUGGAGGCUUUCGAUGUGGAGGAGAAAGGCGAAGGGGGGCUCCGGAGCUGUUUGACAGUGACUUCAUCUUGCCCAGCAGGCAGAUUGAGCUUUUGCACAUCACAGAGAAGAGGCAGGCCUUCUGCGUGAGGACCAGCAGUCUGGAGUUCCCUUCCGCCCACCAGCAGCCUUACUCCUACCACACUACUUGCCCUUCACCUUCCACCUCACCGCAGCGAAGAUGGCACCGGCCCUCAUCAGUAGACCGCUGCUGUUCCGCUGAGCGCUGCCUGUCACGGCUUCCGCCGGCACGCACAUUAUCAGAAGACAGCGGCACUCAGAGACUCGCCUCACCAUCACCUGCUGCUCUCAGGAAAGGCUGUCAUGCCACACUCAGAGUCUACCCGCAGUACCGCACAGGUCUGCCAAAGGAGACCAGCGUCAAGCUUUGUGUAACUCCAGGCACAUCCGCACGGGAGAUGGUCCAGCUGGUGGUGCAGGAGAUGAACGUCGUGUCCCGGCGCAUGAUGGGAAGCAGUGAAAACGGUGACGAACAGGAGCAGUGUGUUUACUACAGUCCUGAACAGCUGAAGCACUUCGGCCUCGUGCUGGUUGUGGACGACAGAGAGAAGUGGUUACAGGACGACUUCUGUCCCCUGGAGCUUCAAAACCCCUGGCUGAGGGGCAAACUGUGUGUUCGUAUUAAGGAGUAUUCGCCACUAGCCCUCAAACACAGCCGGGCCACCACAGUGUGAUACUUCCCAGAAGUGAGAGGGGCAAAUCUUAAGAGUUCACCCCGUGCCGAGAUUCUGUUUUGAUAAACGUACUGAACUGUCACGCUGUCUGCAGGCUCCUAAACUCUACAAUUUUUUCCCUCUCACUGUGUUGAUACUGUCUUCGGCUGCAGCUAUAUCAUGUUGUCAUAUUUUCUGCUGUGUUCUGGUUAUCUGACAUGCUACUCCGAGAAUCUGUUUCCAUGAAAUCUGUUCUCCCAUACGUAGAACCUUUCUUUUUUUGUUGAUGAACAUCAGAGACCCUCAUAUGGACACCAAAUGAACAAUAACAGUAGAACAAAGAGAAACUAUUUUUUUUGUGCUGUCAGAAGUCAUUGGGUAAAAGAUUGUGAUGCUGAGCGAGAUUAAUGGAGCGUCUCUUUGACUUUUGGCGUGAUUGAGGCCAGCAGAUAGAGCCGUGCGAGCUGCCAAAAUGACAUGGGCAGCAUCAGCGCCUCCCAGCCACACGCGGACACGGCUUUUCCUAUGAACCCUCUUAUUGUGCUGUCGGCUCCAGCCGUCCGGCCCCAUGUUCCCAGGAUGUGGGCUCUGGACUUAGCCCAGGAGGCAGGAAGGAAGGGGAGAAGUACAGAGGUGGCUGGCGUCUCUGCUCGGGGAUGCAAUGGACCCGACGAUUUGGCCCGUCAACUUGUCACUCAACUGCUCUUGGCCACUGUACUGUCUAGCAGCAAGCAGCCAAGGAAUUGAGAGCAUGAUAGAGAGUGAGAGUGAGGGGAAAAAAAGAGUGAAUAGGAAGGAGGGUGGAGGUUACAUCACAUAAACCCCAGCACUAACUCUGGUGCUCCUUUUCUCCCUUUUGCAGCAACAAGUCUGCUGUGUAGUAGACUUAGUCACAGUGUAGCUAACCGAUAUGAUCAUCUUGUGGAGAAACACAAAAUAAAACCAGCUGAUUUGGGUUUUCAAAACAGAGAAA